UCCCUCCCAUUCCCAUUUUAUCAUUUCUCUCAAAUUUCCACCCUUUUCUUUUCCUUUCUAAGCUCUCUCAAAUCCUAGGGUUCAAAAAUUUUCCGAUUUAUCCAAGUUUUGAUUUAUUCAGGUAUUUCAGUCUUUUACCUUUCGAUGGAAUCGAUAAGAUUAUCCUAUUGGUGCUACAGAUGCAACCGGUUCAUCCAGAUCCGGGUCCGAUCCCCUCAAUAUUCGAUCCAUUGCCCCGAUUGCGGAAGCGGAUUCAUCGAAGAAUUCGAAAUGCCCUCCCGUUCCCCAAUUCACCACCGUUUCCUCGCCACCGCUAUGUACUCGGAGACGCCCAGCCCAGCUCUCAGCCCCAGCCAUACUGCUGCUCCUCGUUUCCGCCUAGCUCGAAGGAACGCUGUCGAUCGAUCCCCUUUCAAUCCCGUCGUCGUUCUUCGUGGGCCUACCUCCGAAUACGACAGCGUAGUUCCUGCAAGCGGAAAUGCCAAUUUUGAGCUUUAUUAUGAUGAUGGAUCAGGGUCGGGUCUUCGCCCCUUACCUGCUAGCAUGUCUGAGUUUUUAAUGGGUUCGGGUUUUGAUCGGCUUGUUGAUCAGUUAUCUCAAUUAGAAGUAAACGGUGUUGGCCGUUUUGAGCAACCGCCUGCUUCCAAAGCGGCGAUUGAAUCAAUGCCGGUGGUUAAUAUCACUGGCGGACAUGUAAGCACGGAAUCUCACUGUGCAGUUUGUAAAGAGCAGUUCGAACUAGAUUGUGAAGCUCGGGAAAUGCCUUGUAAGCAUAUUUACCAUUCGGAUUGUAUUUUACCCUGGCUUUUGAUUCGGAACUCUUGUCCAGUUUGCCGCCAUGAGUUGCCAAGGGAAAAUAAUGGAAACAAUUUAAGUGAAAAUGAAGCAGUUAGAGAUGAAGGAGCCGUGGGAUUAACAAUAUGGAGGUUACCGAGAGGUGGGUUCGCUGUGGGGAGGUUUCCUGGUGGGAGGAGAGCUGCGGAGAGGGAGUUUCCACUAGUUUUCACUGAGAUGGAUGGUGGGUUUAAUAAUGCAGCAGGUGCACCUGGAAGGAUUUCAUGGGCGCCAAGUGGGAGGAGAUCACAAGAAAGUGGAGGAUUGGGGAGUGUUUUUCGUGGUUUUGUUUCCUUUUUUGGGAGGUUUAGGAGCUCCUCAUCUCGUUCAGGUUCAGAUUCUGGGUUUACGAGGAGAAGCAGAACAAGUUCAGUGUUUGGUAGGUCAUCUAGGAGAGAGAACGAUUGGGAUUUCGAGGAUUGAAUGGUUGGGCAAUGGAUUCUUUGUUCAUUUUUAGGCUAACCUGUUUUCUUUUUAUCUGAUAUUAUAAUGUGACAAUUUUCAUCUAGGAAGGAAAGGAAUGUGUGUAGAUUGUAUGAUUUUACUCGAUGUAAAUACUGACACUUUUGGUGAAGGAAUGAAGAACUGGUCGAGCUUAGAUUCUGUUGAGAGAGAGAGAGGCUUUAAUGAAAUGAUAUGUACAUCAACGAGGAAGAAGUAGAAAAAGAAGUUUUGUGGUUAGAAUGGUCGUUCUGUGGUACUAAUCCUCCCAUAUAAAUUGACAUUAGGACUAAAUUUGUUCAAUUUAGUAAGCUGCUGUGAUAAUUCAUGCCUCGCUUCUUUCUUCUAUGUAAUUUGCUAUAAGGGAUUUUGUUGUUUAUUUGCAAUCCUUAAUACAAAUUAUCGAGUUGUUGA